AUGGCAACUUUGAAUGAAAAGAAGACCUGCAGCCAAAGAAUGGAAAAUUUCCAGCGUUUUUUAUGGAAUCCAGACACAGGACAGUUAAUGGGAAGAACUUUGAUUAACUGGGUAUGGAUUAGUCUUUAUUAUGUUGCAUUCUAUGUGGUAAUCAUUGGACUAUUUGCACUUUCUAUCUAUUCUUUAAUGAAGACAAUUAAUCCUUAUACACCAGACUAUCAAGAUCGAUUAAAAUCACCAGGAGUGACAUUACGACCAGAUGUAUAUGGAGAAAAAGGAUUGGAAAUUUAUUAUAACAUUUCUCAGCAGUCUUCCUGGGAUGGUUAUGUUCUGACACUUCAGAAAUUUCUUUCAGCAUACAAUGAAACUAUGCAAGAAUGCCACAAAAACUGUAGUCAGGAAAAUUAUUACUACCAAAAGACAUUUGAUGCUCCAAAUAAUGAAAAAUAUUCUUGCAAAUUUACAAAAGAUAUGCUUGAAAACUGCUCUGGUUUGACGGAUUCCACUUUUGGUUUUCCUGAAGGAAGUCCAUGCUUAAUAAUAAAGAUGAACAGAAUUAUCAAUUUUCUCCCUGGCAACGGGACUGCACCAAAAGUGAACUGCACAACUCUAGAUGACAGCCCACUUGAAGUAGCAUAUUAUCCUGCAAAUGGAACUUUUAGCCUUCACUACUUCCCUUACUAUGGACUCAAGGCACAGCCUAGCUAUACUAAUCCAUUGGUAGCAGUGAAACUUCUCAACAUUUCUUUAAACAAAGAAGUACACAUAGUAUGCAGAGUUAUCGGCACUGGAAUUACUUCAGAUAAUCCACAUGAUCCAUAUGAAGGAAAAGUAGAAUUCAAAAUUCGGAUACAAAAUUAA